AGGGUCAGUUGGCAUCGGGAGCCGCUAACAUUACUACAGGAGGAACUCUGUAUCCAAUGGUCAGCUUCUACCUGAGACAUGGACCACGUGACAGCCAUCAAUUUACUGCUUUACCUGUCUGUUAUGUUUGGAGGCAGUGCAGCCGGAGUCCCACAGCUCAGACGCCACAAGAGGGACUGGGUCAUCCCACCAAUAAAGCUUAAAGAGAACUUUGACUAUACUGGAACACCCCAUGUUUCCAAGAUCAGGUCCGACAAGGCUCAGGGGAAGAUCCUGCACUACCGUCUGAUGGGCGUUGGGGCCAGUUUGCCACCUGUGAACAGGUUCAUUGUGGGGGAGACCAAUGGACUUGUGUACGUCAGGGGAAAACUGGACCGAGAAGAGACAGCUAAUUACACACUGACCGGAGAAGCAAAAUUUAGUGAUGGAUCCAUCGCUGAAACCGCCAUAGCGCUGAAUUUUGAAGUGGUGGAUGACAAUGAUAACCCACCUGUUUUCGGCCGCAUACGUCCAGCUACAGUGUACGAGUCCAGUCCAGCAGGGACUGUGGUUACUGUGGUUACAGCUACCGAUGCUGACAAGCCCAACACUACCCAUACAAAAAUCUCCUACAGCAUCAUAAAGCAGGAGCCCUCUGAUGGCACACGGCUGUUCAACAUAGACAGGCACACCGGACGCAUCUACGUCAAUGAAAACACCCUAGACAGAGAGAAACAAAGCUCCUACUUGUUAACAAUUAAAGGCACUGAUUUGGAUGGAGAUCCUAAAGGACUCACAGGCACCGGGACUGUUCUUGUCAAAGUGGAGGACAUCAAUGAUAACAGACCCACCCUGGAUAAAGAUGCGUAUUCAGCCAGCAUUGUGGAGAACGAAGAAAAAGUGGAAGUGAUGAGGUUCAAAGUGCAGGAUGACGAUGAAAAGAAAACCAAAAACUGGGAUGCUGUUUUUGAUAUCGUGUCUGGAAAUGAAGACGGGAUCUUCAGCAUAAAGACAGAUCCUAAAACCAACGAAGGUAUUCUGAUGCUUGAAAAGCCUGUUGAUUUUGAGGAAAAUCCUGAUAUCAAGCUGGGAGUGGUAGUCUCCAAUGCUGCUCCAUUUGUGGGGGAUGGAGGAGGUGGAGGAGGAGGAGGUGGUGGUGGAGGAGGAGGAGGUGGUGGAGCAGGAGGUGGAGGUGGUGGAGCAGGUGGAGGUGGAGGAGCAGGGGGAGGUGGAGGCGGUGCAGGAGGAGGCGGUGGCGCUACAGGUGCAGGUGGAGGCGGUGGUGCUACAGGUGCAGGUGGAGGCGGUGCAUGGGCCGGACCUGGGAAGCCAACCAGAGGCAAAGUUUACGCGGUGAACAUUGCAGUGCUGAACGAGCCCGAGGGAGUCGCCUUCAAACCUGCAACGAAGCCUGUCGCUGUUUCAGAGGAUCCAAAGGAAAAUCCAUUAAACAAGGUUAUCGGUGUCUUCAGAGCCACUGACACUGACACUGGAAAGCCUGCAGAAAAUGUUCGAUAUGCUAAAGGCUAUGAUCCUGACAACUGGCUGCUGAUCGACCCAGAAACAGCAGAAAUAAGACUUCAAAAGGUCCCGGACAGAGAGUCCCCGUUCGUGGUGAAUGGAACCUACUACGCUAAAAUAAUAAGUUUGACUCAAGACACGACUCAUAAGAUGACCACAGGAACGAUCGCGUUGAAGGUGGGCGAUACAAACGAUAACUGCCCCUCGCUGGUCAACAGAUUGGAGCACGUCUGUGAGGACACUGAGGUCGUUCAUGUCACAGCAGUGGAUAAGGAUGGAGACCCAAACUCGGCCCCUUUAACCUUCAGCAUUGUCACAAAAGAAAGUCAAGGGGAGUGGAGAGUUGAACCUUUAAAUGAUACCAGCGCUUCCCUCAGGUCGUUGAGUCCGCUGUGGCCCGGUCACUACAAGGUUACCUUAAUCAUCAAGGACAGGCAAGGUCUCUCCUGCCCAGAACCUCAGAACCUGGACAUACGCGCUUGCUCCUGUGUUGGAGGAGAGACCUGCAAGUCCACUGCAGCCUCUCGGAGCACACCCUCGUCUGCAUUUGGAGGACUCGGAGUCGGGGUACUGAUUUUGGGACUGCUGACACUGCUCAUUGUUGGAGUCUUACUGAUGAGCUGCUCGUGUGGAGAUGUGCCGGGGGACUUCUCUGAGCUUCCUUUUGAUAGCACAGAUCACUAUAUUAACUAUCACACGGAGGGCCAAGGAGAGGACCGGGACGUCCCUCUGCUCAGGUCUCCAGUCCAGAUGACACCUGCUACCAUAAACGCUGCACAGGUCAACAAUGUAGCUGCUGUCAUGACUGCUAAUACCGGUGCUGCCAAAUCCGGGUUUGCGGAUGACUACGGGAUCCAGCAGGGCGGCCAUGCAGAAACCAGGGAGAGCUGGGCUCUUAAUCAGUACUCAAUGGAGGGACAACUCAUACAGUAUGACGUCCUGGAGGACUUGGCCCUGCCUGAUGGAUUUCUGGAUGAGUACUAUUCACAGAAAGCGAGGUGUGCAGCAACAAUGCAGGCAGGGAGGGAUUCGCUGUUACUGUAUGACUUUGAGGGUCAGGGCUCCUGUGCUGGCUCAGUGGGCUGCUGCAGUCUCCAGGAGUUUGACAACAACCUGCAGUUCCUCGAUGACCUCGGACCAAAGUUUAAGACCCUGGCUGACAUCUGCUCUCCACCGAGAUCUCCACCGCCUGUGUCCCGUCAAGGUAUUGUAACCCCAGAAGUGGAUGAAGUUGAACACGUUGCUGGGCCCUCACUGGAGACUAAACCACCCACCAUCCGUAGCCAGAGCUCAGCGCAGAAUCAGAAUGUAAGCAUCAGCCAGUCAUCCACCCGAGUCGCUGGUUUUAAUGGAGCAGCUUCCAGCAGUGUGCACGGGCAGCUUUCCCACAGCAUUGUCAGCGCGCCUCAGUCGCCUCCCGUCUGUCCUGUUACCACAGCUGUGCUGCCCUCUCCUGGACCGAUACUUCUAGUACAGCAGCAGGAGCCAGUCUACUACACCACCAGACCUGUGAUGCAGCCGAUGCACUACGUAGUCCAACCGCAGCUUCAGAGCACCGUGCUGCUGGCUGGAGCCCCGGUAAACAACCUGCAGGGUAUGGUUCUGCUCAACGGACAGUCUGGACACGCUGAGAGUAUCAUGCACAGGGGAAACGCUGCUGGGACUUUAACUCUUGGGAGCAGAGGAGGCAACAGUGUGAUUGAGGAGGACCAGGGAGUGGGGUUACAGUGGAGAUCUGAUAGCUCUGGAGAAGUAGUGGAUGUCAGACGAAGUGACGGAUCAGGUCAGAUGGUGGAGGUAGGAGGCUUCUGUAAUACAGGGAUGCUGUUAGAUGGACACAUCAGUGAGGGAACAACAGUCCAUGAGGAGAUAGUGUCAACACAGAGAGGAAAGAAGCGAAGAACUAGGUCGACAGCAUUAGUGAAGACAGGUUCCAUGAAUUAGAAUUAAUUCUAAAAACACAAGACCACCAGAUUACUUAAGAUAAGAGAUUAUAUAGUCUCUGCUUUUCUACCACUGUGGUCCAGACUAAAAUUCACCAUUGCAAAGAUUGUAUUAUUGUGUUUAACCUGCUUUCACACAUUUUUUUUUUUAAACCUGAGUGGGGUUUUGUAAAAUAUAACAAAAAUGUUUCUAUGUCUCACAGAGGUGGAAAAGUCAGUCAAAAUCAUUUGAAGCAAAAUGAAUAAACAGGUUGUAAACAGAUGAAAGGUUGUGUCAGACAAAAACAAGUCAGUGUUUUUACAAGGCUGCCAAAUGAGAAACCGCAGUUCAAGUCACGCCACUGGAUGUUUUUACGGUUCAGGACACCUGGGAGACAUUUACUUGCAUUGAUGUGGCGACCAAAACCGGUUAUUUUUCACAGGAAGUCGGAACGCUUCUAUCUGUGAUCGUGACGAACGAAACAUGUUUUUUUAAACCAAGCCAAUUUUUUUCCUGACCCUAACCAAAUGAUUCUUGUGUUUAAACCAAAUCAGAAGAAACUUUCAGUUUUAAUUUAUCGUCGCUUUUGCAGAAAUGUAGUUAGCUAAGAUUUACUCUGGGUUAGAGUUUCCUCUACAGACGGGAUAAAGCCUGAUGAGGCGUCUCUGCUGUGGGUUGGACGGUUCUGGCCUCUGUGCUGCACACCAGGACUUUAUUAUGGACAUCUUGAAGGGCUUUAUCCCACUUAUACCAAGGUCACCUGCCAAAGAGAAGAAAAAAUGUACCUUGAACAGUUUUUUACCGUGUUUGUAAAUAUAUUCUUCAGUGCCUGUUAUGAGUGUGUUUGGCUCAUUGCUCGUCCUCUUGUGUUGCUGCUUGCAGCUUUUUCAAGAACUGCUCGUCCAAACUAAUUCACACUGUGCACCGCACAGCGUUCACAGAGGCAGUUCAUGAAGCCUGUAACACACGUAUGAGUUACCGAGUUUGGAGAAGUGCUUGUUGUGGUGAGUGAGUGAGUGAGUUAGAACAAGAGAGGGUUGUCUUCAGAUUUCAAACCACCUGGUGUUGAUGUUUCUGACACUGGAGGGCAGUACAACACCUCUGUGGUUUAUCAUGCAGCCGGCUCUCAUCUCUGUCUCAGAAAUGCUGUAAGGCUGCCACUGAUUAGCACAGAUCAGUAGUGUUCAUUGUAAAGAAGACAUCUGACCACAUUACAAACAUUUCAGUUUUUAAGGCUCUUAUCUAUUACAGUCAGUUUAGAGUUUAGUCUGGUGGAGGUCACAUACUGAAAAUAACACAUAAGAUAAAGUUUAUAGUCGCUGUUCAAUAAAGCACACUUUAUACA